AUGAAAAGCUGUAUCACCGAUAUUACUGUCUCUGAUAUCAUUGAGACUAGGGACUCAAUGAUCACUAUUUCUAUUCGAAAACAUCUAGCCGAAAAGCUACGACGUGUGUUCACAAUGCUUCACCGUUUGGAGGGUGUUUUGGAAUCCUCUAGUAUUCCGAAACAAGGGAGAGAUCUAACAAAGAAGUCUUCAGCCAAGCCAACUAUUGUGGUCAAGCCAACUGUUAAAAGUGAAUUUGAGCCUAAAGGAAAAGAAAAGUUUUUUUUUCUAAAGAGCCAAUCAUUUAUAAUAGUGAAGAAGAGGAGCUAG